AUGAAUUUUCUCUCUCGUCUCCGCCUUUUCGCUUCUUCCUUUCGCUCUUCUUCCUCUUCUUCCUCUUCCUCUUCUGCCCCCAGAGAAGGCCUGCUUUGGCAAUGGUUGGACCGGCCGCGAAGCUGGUUCCGUUCUGCUCCGCCUGGGGCCAAAGGCGCCGUCCUCUUUGCUCUCACAGCGCCGCCCGUCUACUUCGCCUUCCAACUCCGCCGCGACCGCUCCGUUUCUGCAGUCCACAAACAGGCCAUUCGCGACCGGGUCUUCCUCGACUUUGCCCUCGGCGGCCGCUACAUCGGCCGCGUCCUGAUCGGCUUAUAUUCGGACAGAGUGCCGCUCUCCGUCGAGAACUUCAUUCAGCUCUGCGAAGGCUACCGAGUUCAAGACAAAAUCAUUGGGUACCGAAACACGCCGGUUCACUUGGUGAAGCGCGGCAUCAACCUGACAGCCGGGGAUGUUGUGCAUGGAACAGGCGCCGGAAAACUUUCCAUCUACGGACCUGCAUUUCCUGACGAGAAUUUUGACAUGCAGUUUAUUCAGGACGGCGACGUCGCGCUGAUGAACACGGGCCCUAGUACGAACAACUCGCAGUUCAUCAUCACGUUCAACGCCCUCAAACCCCUCAACCGCAACUACGUGGUCAUUGGGACCGUCCUCAAAGGCAUGCGUGUGAUAAAGAAGAUCGAGGAAGAAGCAGGCAGCAAGACUGGCGCGCCCAUGCAACCUGUCAGAAUCAUCAACUGCGGGCUCUACCGCGGGCUUCAGGAUGGCCCACCGUUCUUUGCGAACCCAGACCUCCUCGAUCGCUACGAGGAAACCCGCAUCUCCGAGGCGGACUUCCUUGCACUCAAACCUGAGGAGCAGGAAAAGCUGGUCGAGGCGUCGAAAGCGGCUGUUGGCCCCAAAAAGGUCGCCAAGUAG